AAAGCUCAUUUUGUCUCAUCAGACCAAAGAACCUUCUUCCUCCUUUGGGCUAAUUCCAGGCAAUAUUUCAUGUGAGUUUGUUUAAACUGUAGCUUUCUCUUUGCCACUCACUCAUGCAGCUACAACUGGUGAAGAGCCAGCGCAACACUCCUUCAGAGUGGUCGUAGGCAUCUUGGUGCCCUCCCUCACCAGACAUUUCUUGCGCGAUCACAUCAGUUUGUGAGAACGGCUAGCUCUCAGCAGAUUUAGAAAAGUGCGAUGUCCUUCCAUUUUUUAAUUAUGAACUGAUCUGUACUCUGUGGGAUGGAAUACUUAUGGAUGGAAUACUGCCCUAAACUUUUCAAUGAUCUCUUCUCUGAGUUGCUUGAAGUGUUAUUUUUAUAUCCAAAGGGAGUGAAUAGCACUGCAUUUGUAGCUCUGUAGCUCCUUUAGCGUUGUUGUUUAAAUGACAAUUUUCUUUCAGUGUUCAAUUGUAGGAUUAUAUUUCAUUUGUUGACAAGUGCAGUGGUUGCAGUCUGAUUGUACCAUUACCAUUUGAAUGCACUUAUUAUACAACAAAUCUAGGCAUAAAAUUGGGUUAUGGUGUCAUGCAGUUAUCAUCAGGCGGUAAUAUGACAUCUUCCUACAGUUAGUUACCUUGACAUUGCUAAUUCAUCAAGAUGUUCAAAGCAAAACCUUCGUCUUCUGGUCUUCAUAGAUGUUGGAUGGUGAUUUAAGAUAAGACAAUUUACUGACAGGUGAGAAGGUAUAAGCUGUUGUUUCAUGUAGAAAUUUGGUCCGUUUACAUUUACUUGUGGGUCACGCAGACAAUCCAAAAUGUUGACUGAAAUUAAAUUGAUGAUUGUUUUUCUUCAUGAGAAGUUAUUAGUAUUUUGGAAUAGAAAAGCACUUAACCAAUAGAAAAGCAUUUAACCAAUGGCGUUCAUCUUGACAUCAUUCUUGGUUUCAAGUAAGUGCCAUAGUAAAAAUGCUUUAAAAAUAUCUUCUUCUAGAUUGUCAAACUUGAAAAGCUAAAAUGUUCAGAUUCACUUUUGUUGUGAGAUUCCCGUGUGAGUGUACCUUUUUAGCGACUUAAAAAGUUUUGUGCAAAGAUGCUAUUUUUAGUGUCUGUCCUAUAUCAAUUACAUUUUAUGUAAAAUCACAGUAACAUAACCAGAAUUUGAACAUCUGGAGUUUCCAUAGAAAGUUUAAAUAUAUGCUGAUUAAUUCAAGAGUGUCAUUGUCAUGGAGAGUGUUUUUCCCCCAGUUGUUCAAAGUUAAUAUUUUAUUAUUUUAUUAAUAUUCAUGAAGGACUUUAACUUUAAUGUGAUUACACUUAAUUAUAUUGGGUGACUAGUGAAGGAUUUACGUUUUUAUUAAUUAUUCUGCUACUGUAUUGGAACUGUGCUCGGCUGGGCUAAUAAUGUCUAUUUAGUCCAGUUAGUUAGUUGUGUAUCAUUUUUGUACUGCAUAUAUUUUUGAUUUAAUGCAGAUUCAAGUCCACAUCAUUUCAAUGACUAUUUAGUUUAUGACCUCAACAUGAUUGUACAUAAGGUUAUAACGUGGCAUAUUGUAGAUUAAAAUAUGCAUGUUUUUAUUCAGUUUAAUGAAAGCACUAUGACAUCGAUCUACCCGUAAAAAGGCCUGCAAUAUUUUAGCUCUACAUUAAAACUUAUAAUAGACGUGGUUAAAGUUAGUUAAUUAUGAUGUGAUUUCUACAUAUUCGGUGCGAAAAAGGGUUUGUGUUGCUAGACGUGUGGUUGGUAAAUACAAACAUUUUUAAUAUACAUCACACAUACUCACGGUGGCGCAAUAGACCAGUCUUCAAAUUAUUGCACGCCCUUUUGUCUUUUACAGCGGACUGGCAUUCAGUUCUGAUGUUAAUGAUUUUGUAGACCACAUUGCAUCAUUCUACAGUGUGUUGGGAGCCAUGAUGGAUUGUAAAGCAUCUUUACUUCACUCGCACACGCUUUAUUUCCUCCUCUUUUUGUUCAAUUGCGCAUAUGGAGACGUGAGCUUUUCCUUUCCAGAAGAGAUGAAACGAGGAUCUGUUAUUGGGAAUUUAGCCAAGGAUCUCGGACUGGAGGCGAGCGCGCUGUCCGCCAGGAAAGCCCGCAUCGACGCCGAGGGGAGCGGCAAACGUUAUUGUGAUCUAAACGUGAAAAGCGGAGAGCUGAUUGUCGCCGACAGGAUUGACCGAGAGGGGCUUUGUGGCGACAAGGCUUCGUGUGUCCUAAAACAUGAGGUCGUGCUGGAGAAUCCUUUGGAGCUUCAUCGAAUUAAUCUGCACAUUCAAGAUGUUAAUGAUAACGCACCAGUAUUUAACGAUGACUUGAUUGAUUUGGAGAUACGCGAGUCGGCCGUUAGAGGAGCUCGUUUUGUGAUAGAAGGGGCGCAUGAUGAGGAUGUAGCACAAAAUUCAGUACAACAGUAUAUCCUUAAGAAGAAUGAUAAUUUCGUUCUGGCUGUUAGUGGCAGCACAAUAGAGCUUGUUCUUGACAAAGAGCUUGACCGUGAACAUGAACAGGACAUUAAUUUACUUCUCACAGCUUUAGAUGGCGGCUCUCCUCAGAGAUCAGGUACAGUAGUCAUACACGUCACUGUGCUGGAUGCUAAUGAUAACGCCCCAGUGUUCAGUCAGGCUGUUUAUAAAGCCAGUCUACCUGAAAACUCCCCUCAAAAUACAAUAGUGAUUAAUGUUAGUGCUACUGAUGCUGAUGAAGGACUGAAUGGAGAAGUGACAUAUGACUUUAGUCAUGUUACUGAAGAUGUGAGGAAGACAUUCAGUAUUGAUCGUAAACUGGGUGCAAUAAGAGUAACUGGCACUGUUGACUAUGAAUCUAGAACAUCAUAUGAAAUACGUGUCAAAGCCAAAGAUGGACUGGGACUGUCCUCAUAUGCAAAAGUGAUUAUUUCUGUCACUGAUGUAAAUGACAAUGCUCCUGUAAUCAACUUAAAGUCACUGUCCAAUCCAGUACCUGAGAAUUUGUCACCUGGUACAGAGGUGGGCAUCAUUAAUGUGCAGGACAGAGACUCAGAGAAGAACGGACAAAUCGACUGCUCCAUUCAACAAAAUGUCCCCUUUAAGUUAGUUCCUUCUAUUAAAAACUAUUAUUCUCUGGUGACUACUGGACAACUGGACCGUGAGCUAGUAUCUGAUUACAACUUUAAAAUCAGUGCCACUGAUGAGGGCUCAGCUCCUCUGUCUUCCUCUAAAAGUAUUCACUUAUCGGUAGCAGACAUCAAUGACAACCCACCUGUGUUUGAGGAACAGUCCUACAGUGCAUAUGUGAGUGAAAAUAACAAAGCUGGCUCCACUUUAUGUUCUGUUAGUGCUCGAGACCCUGACUGGAGGCAGAAUGGUACCGUGAUUUAUUCUCUGCUAGCCUCUGAGGUGAACGGUGCCCCGAUGUCUUCCUAUGUAUCUGUUAACGGGGACACUGGAGUGAUCCAUGCUGUCAGGUCUUUUGAUUAUGAACACCUGAGAAGUUUUAAAAUCCACGUCAUGGCCAGAGACAACGGUUCUCCUCCUCUGAGCAGCAACGUGAGUGUCAGUGUGUUCAUAUCAGAUGUGAAUGACAACUCUCCUCAGAUACUGUACCCCUCCCCAGAGGGCAACUCCUUCAUGACUGAGCUGGUCCCCAAAGCUGCACAUGGAGGCUCUGUGGUGUCCAAAGUGAUAGCGGUGGACGCGGACUCCGGACAGAACGCCUGGCUGUCCUAUCAUAUAGUCAAGUGCACUGAUCCCGGACUUUUUACCAUUGGUCUCCACAGUGGAGAGAUCAGGACCCAGCGGGACAUUUCUGAAUCUGACAGCAUGAAACAGAACCUGAUUGUGGCAGUGAAAGAUAACGGACAGCCCCCUCUCUCUGCCACCUGCUCCAUGUAUUUACUUAUUUCUGAUAACUUGGCUGAGGUGCCAGAACUGAAGGACAUUUCUUAUGAUGAGAAGAAUUCCAAACUGACGUCUUAUCUGAUCAUCGCACUGGUGUCUGUGUCCACCUUCUUUCUGACCUUCAUCAUCAUUGUCCUGAGUGUGAGGUUUUGUCGCAGGAGAAAGCCCAGACUGUUGUUUGAUGGAGCAGUUGCCAUCCCCAGUGCAUACCUCCCUCCUAAUUACGCAGAUGUUGAUGGCACAGGAACUUUACGCAGCACCUACAACUAUGACGCCUACCUGACAACAGGUUCUAGAACCAGUGACUUUAAGUUUGUGUCUUCUUACAAUGACAACACACUGCCAGCUGACCAGACUCUGAGGAAAAGUCCAACUGACUUUGAUGAGAUGUUUGGAGAUGCUGAAAGUUCCCUUGAGGUAUGA